GUGAUAGUGUCCAUAACAUUUCUCUUGAUAGCAAAGUUGGGUUUGACAACGGAUCCAAGGCCAUUAAUUGUGUGUGCCCAUUACCAAACCCCAUUUCCAUUAAUCUAAUUCAAUUGUGUUUUACUACCAAAUCUUCAUUGCUUCCUCACUCACCGGCGCCUACUCAUAUCACAGAUCAUAGAUAAAUAAUACCAAUACUUCAUAGUAUUCACGAACCAUUCUAUUUCCAUUCGGCAGCAACAAAAUCACCAUCCUUCUUCUGCACCGCAAUGCUCUUCCUCUUCCCUCCGUCAUUAGUUUGUUAGUUAGAUUACCCUUUUCCCUUCCAUGCUUACGUCACCACCGCUCACCAUUCACUCUCUUUUUACCCCUAAACCAUUGAAUCGAUCUAAAUCUCUCCCAAAUCGCAAACCCCUUUUGCUCAAUUGAGUCAAUUCUCUCCCUAAGUUCCUCUGUCGGCGUCUGGGUGGGUAAAAGUUGUUGUUUUGUCUUCUGGGUUUUGGAGCAAAGACAAAAGAUGGGUGAGGGAGAACGUUUCCAGCUUGGGACUGUGGGUGCGUUGACUCUUUCUGUGGUCUCAUCUGUGUCCAUUGUGAUUUGCAAUAAGGCGCUGAUGAGUUCACUGCAUUUCAUUUUCGCUACAACUUUGACCAGCUGGCAUCUGCUUGUCACGUUUUGUUCCCUUCAUGUGGCGCUCAAAAUGAGAUUCUUUGAGCACAAACCUUUUGAGCAGAAAGCUGUAAUGGGAUUCGGGAUUUUAAAUGGGAUCUCAAUUGGACUUUUAAAUUUGAGCCUGGGGUUCAAUUCCGUUGGCUUCUAUCAAAUGACUAAGCUGGCAAUCAUUCCUUGUACUGUAUUGUUGGAGACCAUUUUUCUUGGGAAGAGAUUCAGUAAGAGAAUUCAAUUUGCCCUCAGUAUCCUCCUUUUGGGUGUCGGGAUUGCUACUGUCACAGAUUUGCAGCUCAAUGCUCUGGGCUCUUUCUUAUCUUUUCUUGCAGUGAUUACAACUUGUGUUGCUCAGAUUAUGACAAAUACUAUCCAGAAGAAGUACAAGGUUUCUUCCACCCAGCUUCUGUAUCAAUCAUGUCCAUAUCAAGCAGCAACCCUGUUAAUCGCUGGUCCAUAUCUGGAUAAACUUUUGACCAACCAAAAUGUAUUUGGUUUCAAGUAUACGACACAAGUGACGGUUUUCAUAAUUCUUUCCUGCCUUAUCUCCAUCUCUGUCAAUUUCAGUACGUUCCUUGUUAUUGGAAAGACAUCUCCAGUCACCUAUCAGGUUCUUGGACACCUGAAGACAUGCCUUGUAUUGGCAUUUGGUUAUAUACUUCUCCGAGACCCAUUUAGCUGGAGAAACAUACUGGGUAUUUUGAUAGCCAUGAUUGGGAUGAUUCUAUAUUCUUACUAUUGCACUCUCGAGAAUCAGCAAAAAACUGUCGAAGCUGCAUCACAAUCAUCCCAGUGUUUCCAGGCAAGAGAAGAUGAAUCUGAUCCUCUGAUGAAUGUGGAAAAUGGAAGUGCAGUUGUGAGUUCUAAUGUCGGACAAAGACAAAUGUCCCCUGUAUGGAGCAAGAGCAAAGACUAGUAUGUUUAAUGGGCUUUGUUUUAGCAUUGUCAAGAACAGUUUUAUAGUCCCUAUAGAGGGUUAACACCCGUAAUCCAUGAGGAAUUAGAAAGUGGAAGUGCUGCCAAACACAUGUCCUAGUCAUUUUUAAUAGCUUUAGUCUAAUAUUUUUAUGAAUCGUUUGCCGACCAACAGUAUUAGGGAAGGGAACAAGCACAUGGUCAUGUCGUAAUUCUAUUGGCCAACAAAUAUGUCUUAUAUUAACAUACAUCUCCUGGUGAUGUUUUCAUAUCAUGAUACAUUUAUGAUUUUAUAUAGAUAUUCAAACUUUUUCUUGGCUUGAAUAGCAUAUAAACACAUACUGGUAAUUCUUUUUCUCCCUUA